AUGGCGUGCACAGACAAUGCGAUGAGAGCCUUGUUCCUCCUGGCGCUCGUCUGCGCCGCGCACGCUGGGACGGACAAGAAGGAGAGCUCCUCCGCUCCUGCCAAGGAGGGCGGCGACGCGAAAGCAGCGUCCGGGCCCGGCGGGUCGUUCGACAUCACCAAGCUGGGCGCCUCCGGCAACGGCAAGACGGACAGCACGAAGGCUGUGCAGGAGGCGUGGACGUCGGCGUGCGGCGGCACCGGGAAGCAGACGAUCCUCAUCCCCAAGGGCGACUACCUCGUCGGCCCGCUCAACUUCACCGGCCCGUGCAAGGGCGACGUGACCAUCCAGGUGGACGGCAAUCUGCUGGCGACCACGGACCUGAGCCAGUACAAGGGUAACUGGAUCGAGAUCCUGCGCGUGGACAACCUGGUGAUCACCGGCAAGGGAACGCUCGACGGGCAGGGCCCCGCCGUGUGGAGCAAGAACUCGUGCGCCAAGAAGUACGACUGCAAGAUCCUGCCCAACUCGCUGGUGCUGGACUUCGUGAACAACGGGGAGGUGUCCGGGAUCACGCUGCUCAACUCCAAGUUCUUCCACAUGAACGUGUUCCAGUGCAAGGACAUGCUGAUCAAGGACGUGACGGUGACGGCGCCCGGGGACAGCCCCAACACGGACGGCAUCCACAUGGGCGACUCGUCCGGGGUCACCAUCGUCAACACCGUCAUCGGCGUCGGCGACGACUGCAUCUCCAUCGGCCCCGGGACCAGCAAGGUGAACAUCACCGGCGUCACCUGCGGCCCCGGCCACGGCAUCAGCAUCGGCAGCCUGGGGCGGUACAAGGACGAGAAGGACGUCACGGACAUCAACGUCAAGGACUGCACGCUCAAGAAGACGAGCAACGGCCUCCGGAUCAAGGCGUACGAGGACGCCGCCUCCGUGCUCACCGCCUCCAAGAUCCACUACGAGAACAUCAAGAUGGAGGACUCCGCCAACCCCAUCAUCAUCGACAUGAAGUACUGCCCCAACAAGAUCUGCACCGCCAGCGGCGCCUCCAAGGUCACCGUCAAGGACGUCUCCUUCAAGAACGUCACCGGCACCUCCUCCAGCCCCGAGGCCGUCAGCCUGCUCUGCUCCGACAAGAUCCCCUGCACCGGCGUCACCAUGGAUAACGUCAACGUCGAAUACAGUGGCACCAACAACAAGACCAUGGCCGUAUGCAAGAACGCCAAGGGCAGCGCCACAGGCUGCCUCAAGGAGCUCGCAUGCCUCUAG